AUGAGUGAAGUUGCCAAAGCAUUGCAAACGGUGAAGCAAAAUAUUUGUCAAACUGCAAAGUUAUUUGGAAGAGCUGAAAAUUCUGUGCGAUUGGUUGCUGUCAGCAAGACAAAACCUGUCGAAAUGCUAAAAGAAUGUUUUGAUGCAGGACAAGAACAUUUUGGAGAAAAUUAUAUUCAAGAAAUUUGUGAAAAGGCUCCUCUUUUACCAAAGGAAAUCAAAUGGCACUUUAUUGGACAUCUUCAAUCCAACAAGGUCAAGCAGCUGGUGGAAAAAGUGGAAAGUUUGUACAUGGUCGAAACAGUGGAUCGUGUGAAAAUUGCUCAAGCUCUCGAAAAAACAUGGUCCAACACAGGCAGAGACCGUAAGCUUAAUGUAUUGGUUCAAGUCAAUACUUCUAACGAGGAAAGCAAAUCAGGAAUAUCCACAAUUAGAGAGUGUGAGGAAGUUAUUAGAUAUAUUUUGGAACAAUGUCCUCAUUUGAAUCUCAGAGGACUAAUGACCAUUGGAAGUUAUGAGCACAGCCAAGAUCCUGAAAGAAAUCCUGAUUUUGAAAAAUUGGUGCAAUUCAAAACUGAAUUGUUUGAAAAAAUGGCUGAAUUGGCACAAAUCAACCCUUUUGAGUUAAGCAUGGGCAUGUCACAUGACUAUGAAGUUGCUAUUAAAUAUGGAAGUACAAAUGUGAGAGUGGGAUCCGCUAUAUUUGGAGCAAGAACGCAAACCCCAAAUUCCACAGCCAACCAAUAA